AUGAUUAAAGCUGCUUCUCGGAGCUGUUGCAAGGUUAGAUUAAGAACGUGUUUCUCUGCCAUAAACAAGCCCUUGUUACACUUCAACAAUCUCUCUGGUUCUCGAAAUCUCUCUGCACAAGAUAAAUCGCUGAACUGUUUGGCUUCGAAAAUAAUCGAAGAAUCGAAAGCUAAUCAAACGAAAAAUGACCAUAGUUUUGACAAUGCUGAACAGAAUAAACAGAACAAACAGAGUAAACAGAAUGAUAUUGAUACAGAUUCGGGGAUUGAUGUUGAUUUAUUUGAAACUAGUCUUCAAAAGAUAGAUAUUGAUGAUACAGAGCAAAUUAAUGAGGUUAAAAAUAAUAAACAAGCAAACAUUAAAAAGACCCUGAUUGAUUCAAAAGAUCCGGUGAAUCAUCACAAACAAAAGAAAAUGAAGGAUAUUAAUAAUGAGAAAGAAAACCCAGCGAAUGAAAUCAAAAAGAGCAUUGAUGAUAGUACAACUCUAUCGAACAAAGAUAAUAAGAAAAAAGAUAGUAAAUCUGAAGAGCAAAUUAUUGUGCGGGGUGAGCCUUUGGAAGAUUAUACUCGAAAUUGUGCUUAUUUUGUGAAGAUGAUAAAUUGUUUGAAAAGAUUACUUUUAAUCAGGGAGAUAAACAAUCGGAAUGAACAAGAAAAUAUUGGUUUAGAAUCAGAUUCAGAUAUAAAUUAUGAAAACCAAUUGACAGGUUUAAACCCUAAAAAACAUACUAUAUAUCGAGACUCUUAUUCUAAGAUACCAGUUUUAUCGAGUAAUCCAGAACAUUUAAACACAGACGUAUUUGAGAAUUACGUUUAUUUGUUAACUUAUAAGAAUUAUCAUUAUAAAAGUGUAAUAGAAUCCAAUGGGAUAAUUACCGAAAUACUCAAUGAUCUUUUCAAGCCCAAUGAUCCUUUGUAUACUAAACUCCGGACUAUAGAUUCAUAUAAUGAUGCAAUAUAUUUUUUUUUUAAAGUAAAAAGAUGGCAGGCAAUAAAUAGGCUUUAUAAACAGCUUAUAAUGGAAAAUUUGGCACCAAAUACAAAAACGAUCAAUUUAUUGCUUCUAAGUUUAUCGCAAUUUUCAACAGAGCUUGAUAAAAAAAUGGCCUAUUUUAGAUUGAAUAAAAUUUUGUCUCGAAUGGAGGAUUUUAAUAUAAGACCCGAUAUAACAACGUUUUCAACAAUUUAUAAGAUACUACCCACUAAAUACUGGAGAGUAUUAUAUUUAAGAUAUAUUACAAACAAGUUUAAUGUCAAGGUUAAUUCCAAGUUUUUUCGGAUAAUAAUGAAAGAUUAUUGUGAGAAAAAUUUAAUAACUAGAGAAUUUUUUGAGUAUCUCGUAUUGAAUAAAAACCUUUGUGACGAAGCUACAAUAAGAUUGAUAUUGGAAACCAUAUUGGAUAAAAAUAUUAAAGUUGAUCCAAAUCUCAAACUCAAUGCAGCAUGGGUAUUAUUUAAAAAAAUGAUUUAUCAAAAUGAAAUAUACUUGAACAAUGAGAAAAAUUAUUUAAGAGCUGUUUUAAACUGUUUUUUACAGCAUAUCGCGACAUAUGAACGAUUGGAUUUGUGCUUUGAGAUUUAUAACACAUUUACAAUAAAUCUUAAAGUGAGGCCAAACUCAGAAACAUUUGGUCAUUUAAUAAGAGGAGCCACUAAAGCUGGUUUCUAUAAAAAUUGGAUUCCAGUUUUCAGAAUCAUAUAUAAAGAUAUGGUUGGCGUUAUUGGUUCUGGUAAUUGUCCACAAGCAGAUUAUUGGAUCAAGAGAGCGCAAUCAAGGGCUUUAAUCGAUAAAACGCAUGGAAAACCAUUAGAUUUGACUGAGCCUUUAAGUGUGAAGGAAAUUGAGCUAAGAGACAAAUUGAGAAAAGAAUUGAUAUGGCCAAAAGUAGGGCUUUAUUGUUUACAGAAUAACAAGACCAAUGACAACCCCUUUACCUCCGAAUGGGCGAAUUGGAGAAAUAUCAGAGUUUGUCCCAUAUUUGGAAAUAAAAUAAAUAAUAAAAACUUGGUUAUAAAUACAGACCAGACCCAGAUGCAACGAAGAACGCACUUCAACAAUUUAAAGCACAUUGACAUAACCCAGAUGAUCCAAGACAGAAUGAAAAUUCACAAAGCUGGGUAUGAAUCCUUUGUGGAAUCCCAAAAUAUCUUGAAAAAAUAA